CCUCCGUCUCAGACCAGCCAUGGCUCCCGACCAAGCAGCAGCCCUCUCCUCCUCCGCCGCCGCUUCUCUGCCCUACCUCGCCUCCCGCCGCCCCCAUCCCCUGCGCCCCUGCUGCUCCUCCUUCCCUCCCCGCCGGCCCCCACCCAUAUACCUCACCUGCACCGCCCUCCCUUGUACACCGCCAUCUCCAUGGACGGCCGCCGACGACACCCGCGGUCACCUGUUCCGUGGCCUUUCCCAACCACGAUGCUCUAACAUGGAAGCAGUUGGUGACGUGGCAGCAGCAGCGCCCGAUGAUUAUAUAGAAAACAUGCCAUCGAGCAGUGGAUAUGCGAAUGAUGGCCGUAUGGGUAGUGGUGCUUUAUCACACCAAGAUCAUCAGAUAGGGAUGGCGGACAGGACAAACCACAAAAUGAUCAAGAUAUCUGACAAGUUAAUUGGCGUGUUCAUGGUCGAUAAGCCUACCCCGACGGACUGGAGAAAAUUACUAGCAUUUAGCAGAGAAUGGGACAACAUAAGACCGCAUUUUUUUAAGCGGUGUCGGGAAAGAGCAGAUGCAGAACCAAAUCCUGAAAUGAAGCACAGUCUUCUCAGACUGUGUAGAAAACUGAAAGAGAUAGAUGAGGAUGUUCAAAGGCAUAAUGAACUAUUUGAAGUAGUAAAAUCCACACCAUCCGAGAAAAUUGGUGCUGUUAUUGCUAAGCGCCGUAAAGAUUUCACAGUGGAAUUCUUCAACCACCUUUACUAUGUUGCAGAGUCAUACCAGGAUGACCCUGAUAAGCAAAAAGAGUUGGCACAACUUGGAAAUGAUUGUGUAGAUGCUCUACAAGCUCAUGAUGAUAUGUCUGGUAGUCUUGAAGCGUUGAAUGCUGCGGAAUUUAAGCUGAAGGAUAUACUUAAUUCACCUUCAGUGGACGCUGCAUGCAGAAAGAUUGAUGACUUGGCUGAGAAGAAGGAACUAGAUUCUGCGUUAGUGUUGAUGCUUUCAAAAGCUUGGUCAGCUGCAAAGGGUACUGACAUCACAAAGUCUGAGGCAAAGGACAUAAUGUUCCAUCUAUACAUGACUGCAGUAGCCAAUCUCCAGAGACAAAUGCCAAAGGAUAUCAGAAUACUAAAGCAUCUUAUAAUGAUUGAGGAUCCAGAAGAGCGUCUGAGUGCAUUGAAUGAUGCUUUUACUCCUGGGCCUGAACUUCAAGGCGAAAAUGUUGAUACAUUAUACACGAGUCCGGAGGUGUUACACACUUGGGCAAGCGCUAUAGUUGAUGCAUAUUAUAGCAGCAGGGAGGGCACUCUCCUUGGGCAAGCAAGGGACUUGAUGAACCCUAAAAUUAUCAAGAGAGUUGAAGAGAUUGUGAAGACAAUCAAGGAUAAAUACCUCUGAUUCUGAAUCUCAUACAUCUGAAAAUUGUGGUUGCACAUUCCUACUGGUUGCACUACAAGUAUUAUGAUCUGAACAGCAAGGUAGUCUUGCAAGCUCUGCUUCCCGGGGAGCCGAGUUCUCGUCCACAGGUGCUUGGAAUGAAGAACAGGAAUACUCCACGAAUUGAAUCCAGAUUGUACGGCGAAUAGAUGAAAAAAAGGCACUACUUCACGGAUUGAAUCUGGAUUACACGGCGCACAAGUGAUUGUAGCAUUGAUAUAUUGAUGUAGGUUUGGUUCAGAUGUAUGUUCUUUUUUGUCAGUUACUCCACUGUUUCACUACAACUUUCUUAUAGAUAGUGUAUGUAGAUUAAUGCCUAUGGCAGGCAGUAUCUGAAGAGAACACUGAGACUGCCACCUCACAUUGACCUCUACAGACAUAAAAGAUUAAUAUUUCCUUCA